ACAUUAUGGUGCUCGCUCGCUGUACCUGACAUGGGAGAGGGGGGAGGCAUUGCGGAGCAAAGAAGAGGUCGUAUCGCACUCAAUCGCUAUCAGAUGGUCGAUUGAGCUAGACUUCCAUACAGUCCAUCCGCCCGCCCAAUGUCGAAUCUGACCUACCAGGACUGUGGUAAUGGGGUCACGGCUUCUCAGAAUCCAGCAGGAUUCGACGCGAUCCAAGUGUCAGACUUCUUCUCAAUAGCAAGUCUACUUCACCCAAUCACCGUCGGAGCCAUUGCCAUAGUCACCUUAUUUCUCUACCUCCGACUGAGCUCAAAUCGAUGUGUGGCUCCCGUCACGCUAUUUGACUGGAUCAUCAAUGUGGCCUUGGGAAGUACAUUGGCGGGAAUCGUCAAUGGGACGAGCCUACUCCGCGGAUUGAUAUCGCUCGUCACCCUCCUCCUCUUCCAACUGAUAUUGUCAUACAUGUCGUCAAAUUAUGGAUCAAUCCUCGAACACGCCAUCAAUGCCCCUCCAUUGGUCAUCGCUUUCCGAGGUAGAGCGCUGGACAAAGUGAUGGCACAUCACCGAGUCUCCAAAUCCGACCUCAACGGCGCUUUGAGACGCUUUGGUAUUUGGAACAUUUCUCAAAUUGAAGCUGUCAUCAUCGAGCCGACGGGCGAGUUCACAAUCUACAAGCAGAAUGAUUGUCCAGAGGGUGUCAAUCCAGAGGUACUGAUGGAUGUACCUGGGUAUCGUCGUUUGGUGGAGCAUUUCGACAAGGAGGGUAUAGCGGGUUGUUCGACCAGCAAAAAGGACAAGCAGUUGAAUAAGAAGAAGGAUGGUCAGAUAGCCAACGACUUGGCAUCUCGUGAAGCAUGAGGAAUCACUGCAGACAGACCCCCUUUUGUAAUCUUCUAGCGCAUACAUGUAUCUAUCAAUCAUCUGGC